GCUUUGUUAAGUGAAUUCAAUUCUCACGGACUUAAAUACUUUUCUCUUGACUUAAGUGAUAUGCAUUUUAGUCAAGUGCUGCAACAUGCCCAUCUGAAACAGCAAAGUCGUUGAUUGUUGAGUACUUAUUGAAGUACCAACCCUGCACGUCCAUAAGCUCCGCCCACAUGUCGUCAUAAUGAGAAAGUUCUACUCCUCCGCUGCCAGUGUGAGCAGUUAGUUCUUGUAGAAAGAAUUUUUCUAGUGAGGACUGCAAGUUUUCAAGAGACAGUGAACGUCCAUGAGAGAUCCGAGGGAUUUGUAGACAGGGCUGGAUCUUCAGCCGGGUCAGGCAGAGAACGGCCUUGUCGUUUGCAAGCGUUCAGCCAACAGUGGACGCCAGACGGCCAAUGAGGCUGAGUGCCAGACACCCUGGUACCUCGACUGGACAAGACACUUGUUUUUGUGAUAAGGCUUUCAGAUUGUCCACCAUGUCGACGUGGGUGACGUUAGCCAUAUUUGUUGUUCUAGUUUCUUUGAUUAACACGGCAUCAGCGCAAAGCCGUAGGGGUGAUACGAACUUAGAUGAACAACCGCGUGAAUGUGGAGGGUGUACAGUGGUUGGGGGGUGUAAGUGUAUAGGAGAGAAAGGAUCUAGGGGGGCACCGGGCAAGAUUGGUGAGGCGGGAAAACAGGGGGUUCAAGGCUUUGAGGGACCUGAGGGGCCACCAGGGCCGAAAGGUGACAAAGGUGACCACGGCCCACCUGGACCAAUAGGAGAGACAGGUGAUCGGGGGAAAACUGGACAUCCUGGCUUUCCUGGAAUCAAUGGAAUUCCUGGUAUACCUGGACCAACAGGGCCCAGGGGGCCUCCUGGAUUAGACGGAUGUAAUGGAACUCAGGGUGAUCCAGGACCUCCAGGUGUACCUGGUUAUCCAGGUAUUGAAGGUCCCACUGGAGAUCCAGGAGAAAAAGGUCAGAAAGGUGAACCUGCAAGUGCUGGACAAAGCGUCAAAGGAGACAAGGGUCAAGCUGGUAAUCCCGGCCUUCAAGGAAUCAUUGGAGACAGAGGUGAAACUGGCCCGCCAGGACCUAAAGGUUCUCAAGGACCCCGUGGACCUCAAGGUGAAAAUGGGCUGAUGGGUGAGAAGGGUGAUAAAGGUGAAAUGGGACUUGGAAAGUAUGGCUCACAGGGAGACAAAGGAGAUAGAGGUGAAAAAGGUGCUACAGGACCCCCAGCACCAUUUACUGGUGAACCCCCCACAUUUUUUGACGCUAAAGGCCCACCAGGAGAAAGCGGAGAAAAAGGAAACACUGGAAUGAAAGGAGAUAAAGGGGAACAAGGCUAUGACGGAGAGCGAGGUUUACCUGGUCCUCCAGGACAAAGUGGAAUGAUAGGAGAAAAAGGUGUGCCUGGCAUGGCUGGACCUAGAGGAAAACAAGGAUAUCCUGGGCAAAUGGGACAGCCUGGUCUAAAGGGUGAUGCAGGUCCUGGAGGGAUACCUGGUCUUGAUGGUAAUCCUGGCCCUAAGGGAGAUCGAGGUCCAGCUGGUCGUGAUGGUGAUCCAGGACCACCUGGUCCUAGAGGAUUUCCUGGUGGCAAAGGAGGCAGUGGGGAAACUGGACCAAAAGGUAUGAAAGGAAACCCAGGUCUACCUGGUGAGUCUGGUGAACGUGGGUUCGAUGGAGCCAAGGGUAGCAAAGGUGCAACAGGCCCAUCAGGAGGGCCAGGUGUACAAGGACCUCCUGGUAAAGACGGUGAGAGUGGAGAAAAAGGAAUGAAAGGGGUACCAGGACCUAGAGGUUAUCCUGGUGUCAAUGGCUUAGAUGGACGCCCAGGUACAAACGGAGCUAAAGGAGACAAAGGGUUGAAAGGUGAACAAGGCAGAGGCAUACGUGGUCCAAUAGGUCCUGCUGGUAGAGAUGGCGUGCGGGGGCGAGAUGGUGAAAAAGGUCCACGAGGCCCUGAAGGAUCCCCUGGCAUUCCUGGUGAUACUAAGACAGGUUCCCCUGGUGAAGCUGGACAACGAGGUGAUAAAGGUGAAAGAGGUCCUGCAGGUCCUGAAGGUCGACCUGGACGAAAUGGAGAACCAGGACCUAAAGGUGAUAUUGGUGGUGUUUGCCAAGUCUGUGAAAAUGGAAGAAAAGGUGAGAAAGGUUCUCAAGGUAUGGAUGGUUUGAAUGGUUUUCCUGGAACUCCAGGACCCAUGGGAGAACCUGGAGAAAAAGGAGAUCGAGGAGAAGAUGGAUAUCCAGGAAUUCCAGGACCACCAGGUCAAAUGGGUCUUGAUGGUCUAAAAGGAGAAAGAGGAAGGGAAGGCCCAAAAGGAAAUGAUGCUAUAGCUGAUGCCAUUUUGGGGCCACCAGGUCCCAAAGGUGAUACAGGGCCCACAGGUUACCCAGGAGAACCUGGACGUGAGGGUAAACAAGGACCUCAAGGUCCUCCUGGUCCUCAAGGACAAUUAGGCCCCAAAGGUGAUAAGGGAUUAAGAGGUCAGCCAGGAAUAAAUGGUUUUCCAGGUGUACCAGGUAAUGAUGGACUGAAGGGUGAUAAAGGUGAACCUGGUAUUGGAAUACCUGGAGAAAGUGGUGAUCGGGGAGAACCAGGAAAUAAUGGUUCUCCUGGUAUCCCUGGUAAUGAUGGACCAAAGGGAAUUCCAGGGCCUGCUUCAACUGCCGCAUCAGGAGAGAAAGGAAACAGAGGACCCCCAGGUCCUCCAGGAAAACAGGGACCAAGGGGUCAACCAGGAUUACCAGGAGAGCCAGGCCCUCGAGGACUAACAGGUUUAGAAGGAUUUAAAGGUGAACCAGGAGAAAAAGGAGAAUCUGGACUGAACGGAAUGCCUGGACCUGCUGGUAUAAAUGGAGCUAGAGGAGAUCGAGGUCCCCCAGGUAGCGUUGGUGCACCUGGUGACCCUGGAGACAAAGGUGAUACUGGUCCUGCAGGAGAUAAAGGAGAACGAGGUUUUCCUGGACAGGCUGGUUUACCUGGGCAACCAAUGAUAGGAGAGAAAGGUUCUAGAGGUGAACCUGGCAGACCUGGUGCAAUGGGGCUAGCAGGACAACCAGGGCUCCCAGGACCCAAAGGAAAUCCAGGUCUGCCUGGGCCAUCAGGCCCACAGGGUAAUGAUGGUAUUGAUGGGGCACCUGGUGCAAAAGGACAAAAAGGUGAAGCUGGUCCUAUUGGUUCUUCUGGACCUCGUGGUGACAAUGGAUCUCCAGGAGCUGAUGGAGUUCCAGGUAUGCCUGGAUUAAAAGGAAGAGAUGGAAAAGAUGGUGUGCCAGGUCCGAAUGGACCCCCAGGCUUGCCAGGACCUAAAGGAGAUAAGGGUGACAUUGGAUAUCCAGGGAUGGAUGGGCUGAAUGGAGCGGAUGGUGCCGCUGGUGAACCUGGUGUACCAGGGAGACCAGGUGAAAAGGGCAACAUGGGCCCUAAAGGUAACCCAGGCUUAGACGGAGUAAACGGAGAGCCAGGAUUACCAGGUUUACAAGGACUUAUGGGACCUAAAGGUGACAGGGGACUUGAUGGAAGGCCUGGCCCAGAAGGCUUACCUGGAGUUCCAGGAGAAAGUGGUCAAACUGGUGACAAUGGACUUGAUGGAGAAUUUGGAGAUAAAGGUGAUCAGGGUCCAAAAGGUACCAAAGGUGAAAGAGGUGUUCCAGGUCAAGAUGGUUUCACUGGCAGAGAAGGUCCGGAAGGAAUGCCAGGACUUCCAGGUGAAAAAGGAGAACCUGGAAUAGGUGUGCCAGGUGAAUCAGGUAUUCCUGGACUUAAUGGAGCUGAUGGAGCAAAGGGAGAUCAGGGAGAGAGGGGUAUCCAGGGUGAGCCAGGUGAUCAGGGUCCAGAAGGAAUGCCAGGACUGCAGGGUGAUCCAGGAGCUCCAGGUACUCCAGGUAUUAUAGGUUUGGAUGGUGAGCCAGGUCUUCCAGGUCGUAAAGGAGCAGAUGGACCCAAAGGAAAUCCUGGUCCAAAAGGAGAUAGAGGUUCAAAUGGUAGGCCUGGAGAACCUGGUGCCAUAGGUCCACCAGGGAUACCUGGGGAAGCUGGAUUUCCAGGUAACGAUGGUCUUCCAGGAGAUAUGGGAGAACCAGGAAGAGAAGGUAUUCCAGGCCCUAUGGGACCAAAGGGGGAGUCUGGCAGAGAGGGAAGGCAAGGGAAAGAAGGAAGAUCAGGCCAGAAAGGUGAACGUGGCCUCAAUGGUCCUCCAGGUGUACCAGGAAUGCCUGGCCGAAAGGGAGCUGAUGGAAUGCCUGGAGCAGCUGGACUUCCAGGUCCAAAGGGUGACAAGGGAAACCGUGGAGAACCAGGUCCAGCAGGUAUUCCAGGAAAGUCAUCUCAAGGUUUGAAAGGUGAACCAGGUAGAGAUGGCCAGCCUGGCAUUGUUGGUCUGCCUGGUCCAAAAGGAGAACCAGGUUUGAAUGGUUUGGAUGGAUUACCUGGUGAGAAAGGUGAGCCUGGAGAUGUUUCUCAACCUGGCCAAAGAGGUGAUAAGGGAGAACCAGGACCUAAAGGAUCUAGUGGACUUGAUGGGCCUAAAGGUGAACCGGGAGAUCGAGGAUUGUCAGGAUUACAAGGAUUAAAUGGUAAACCAGGCCCACAGGGAGAAGAUGGCAUCCCUGGAGAACCUGGAGUUCCAGGUCCAAAGGGAGAGUCAGGACGGGAUGGUGUAAAUGGAAUGAAAGGUGCUAAAGGUGAAAAAGGUGUAAUUGGUUUAACUGGAAAUUCGGGUGCAGAAGGUCCAAAAGGUGACAAAGGAGACACUGGGGAUCCAGGUUAUCGUGGUCUUGAUGGUUCUCCUGGCCAAAAGGGUGAUACAGGAUUACCUGGAACAAUCGGAGUUUGUAAUUAUGAAGCGUUACCUCCAGGACCUAAAGGGGAACCUGGACCACAAGGAGAUAGAGGAUCACCAGGCCAAAAGGGUGAAAGAGGAAUUGAUGGGAAUAUUGGUCUGGAUGGUGAAGAUGGUCAAAAAGGUGAGCGUGGACCCAUGGGUCCCCAGGGCUUGAGAGGUCCACCUGGUGACCCUGGCGCUGCAGGUCUUCCUGGACGUAAUGGUGAAAAGGGUACGCCUGGACCUCGAGGUAAUAAUGGCCUUCCUGGUGCUACCGGAGCAACUCCUCCAACUGGUUAUUUAUUGGUCCGCCACAGUCAAAGUCCUGAUGUUCCUGACUGUCUUGCUGGCCAGACUAAGCUUUGGGAAGGUUACAGUUUGUUGUAUAUUGAAGGCAAUGAGAAAUCUCACCAUCAAGAUUUGGGCUGGGCUGGCUCCUGUUUACAGAGAUUCAGCACAAUGCCAUUUUUAUUCUGCAAUAUAAACAAUGUUUGCAACUACGCAUCAAGGAAUGAUCGUUCCUACUGGUUGACCACGAAUAAACCAAUUCCCAUGAUGCCAGUAGCUGAGACAGAGAUCCAGUCUUACAUCAGUCGAUGUGUUGUGUGUGAUGCCCCAUCUAAUGUUAUUGCUGUUCACAGUCAGACCUUGACAAUACCUGAUUGUCCUAUUGGAUGGUCAACUCUAUGGAUUGGCUACUCAUUUGCCAUGCACACAGCAGCAGGUCCUGGCGGUGGUGGCCAGUCCUUAUCAAGCCCUGGAAGCUGUUUGGAGGACUUCCGUGCUACUCCUUUCAUUGAGUGUAAUGGUGCGCGAGGCACAUGCCACUAUUUUGCCAACAAAUACAGUUUCUGGCUAUCUACUGUAGAAGUUAAUGAGCAGUUUAGGACCCCCGCCAGCCAGACCCUCAAGGCAGGCAGCUUGCGAACACGCGUCAGCCGAUGCACUGUUUGUUCUAAGAUUGUGUGAAAGUGUGUAUCCUGUUAUGACAUUUAACAAAUUUAGUUGUACAUUGACUUAUAUUUGUUCUCUUAAGUUAAACCAAAAUGUUUAUCAUUUAUUCAUUGUCAUCAAGCUAAAAGAAAGAAUAAGUGAUUUAUUCUGAUGGGUUUUUUAAGAAGCAAUUUUUAAAACUUGAUUAUUUUGUCAUCUUCUUAUUGUUUUAAUUUUAAAUGUGUGCUAAUCAAUAACACAAAAACAAUUGACAUGUAAAAUAUAUUAUACAUAUAAUUUUCUUCAUGAUUAACCCUGUUUAGCCUUUGAAUCAAUGAAUAUGUGAUGUAAGUCUGAGGUUAUCUGAUGCUUUAUUUACAUUGCUCUGUACAAAAGAAGGAUGUGAAUAAUCUGUCACAGCAACAUACAUUUUAAUGUCAGUUAAAACUAUUCUAAACUACGCUUAGGUGGUGAUUGGUUGCUUUGCAUACAAGAAUGAAAGAUCAAACUUUCAACAGCCACCUUUUAUUGUGUUUAUUUUAUAGGUCAUCUUGUCCAUAGUUCAAUGUGUUUUGCUGCUCAAUGUAUAACUCAUUUGGUUUCAGAUACAAAUAAUUUAAAAGAAAACUAGUUUUAAUAAUUAAAAUCAAAUGUUUAAACAAAAAAAAUCUGAAGUUGUAGGGGAGUUUAUAUGAUUACUUAAAAAUCCUUCCUAAUAAUGUUUCAAAAGCUUUUGCUUGGUAUUCCUCAAUCAUUGGGUUUACUAAUGUAGCCUACGCCUGCCAAUAUUUUAUUGCAAUCAUUGUAUAGUGAUAAUUGUGUACAUUUUUUAAUUUAUCUAAUUCAAGUUAUUAAUUGAAAUUAGAGUGAUUUUCGAAAUCCAAAAGGAUCUAGUUUCAUUUUAUAUUUUCAAUUUCCAAUUUUUUAAAAAUUCUAAGUAAUAAAAUAAAAUCAGACAUAAUUGUCUUUAUUCUUUAUUUCAUGUUUUAUUUCCAGUACUUGCUUUAGUAUAGACCUUCAAAUCUUUUCUCAAAUGAAUUAAUUAGUCAUUUAAUAGAAACCACAGAAUAGCUAUGAAGUUACUUAAUUAAAUUAUAAAUCUAAUUUUCCAACAAAAUGUUUAUAGUAUGUUCUGAAAUAACCUAUUUAAAGAUUGAAAUUUAGCAAACAUGAAAACAGUAAAGAUGUCUUUAAAUAGUAAAAAUGAAUCAUUUUACUGAUUUUUAGGAUUGUUUUUAUAUAGAUUUUAUUUUCAGUAUGUCAUGAAAAUUUAGGAAUUGAUGAAAAUAGUAUUCAACAAAAGCAGAUUGAAAGCAUUUUGUUAUUUUUAAUUUUGUUACUGUUGGUUGGUUGUUUAUGUUGAAAGUCUUGUUGGAGUCAAAAAUUCUCCUUGGGUGAAAAUGAUUUGUCAAAUAUUUUUCUCAAACUUGACCAUUUGAAACAAAUGAGAUCUGUGUACUCAUAAUAAAUAAAUAACUUUAGAAUCUUUUGUUAGACAAUAUUUUCAGUACUUACAUUAGCAUAAGACCUAUCUUCCACCCAGCCAUUAACUGAUAAUUGCAGAAUAAUGUUAUACUUUUGGUGAACACGUCAGUCUAUUUUCAUCUGUUUAGCCAUCUAUGGUUCAGUCUAUCCAGCUCUUUAAUGAGCUGUUGCUAAAAUAAAAAUCUUUUCACAAGUCAG